GUUUUAAAAAAUGACAUCCUUAAUUGUGUUAAACUAAAUUUUUAUAACAACGAACGAAUUAAAUUUUAGGUGAGAUCUUUGAUGACACGCGACUUAAUAAAUAAUUUCGAUAAACGUUUCCAUAGCAACGCAUAUAUAGUACCACGUAUAUAAAGAUACUAACUUAGACAUACUCUUCCUAGAGAGAAACCAAGAGAAAAAAAAAAGAGAUGAAUCAGAUAGAAGAAAAUAUUAGUAGUCCUUGCAGCGCCACAACGCGUUUUACUGUGGCUAUUUCUGACGACACGUCUACGACGUCGUCAACGGUUUUUUUUAUCAUGGGCACAUCGUGUUUUAUAUUUAGAUAGGAACAUAACUGAAAUUAGAUGCUUGUAUCAAGAACGAAGAGAUAAACGCCAGCCGAUGAAAUCCGAGUGAUCGGCAAAUUUAUUUAGUGUCUGUCAGGACUAAAGAAAAAUAAUUAAUUUGAAAAAUAUAAAAAAAAAGAAAAAAAAUGGCACCAGACAGACCCGAUCAAUCGGGAUUGGAGACAACAUGUAAUUUAACCGUUACACGAGUUUUUAAUAUUGGCGAUGCAGUAGUGACACUGAAAGAAGCAGAUAAUGCUAGUGCAUUUGCUGACAAGAAUAAUGUUAAUAUAGGUGAUAUAGCUUCAUCAGAUAUUAUCAAUAAUCCUCCGAUUGUUAAAAAUCUAAAUGAAUUUGGUAGUGCAUUAAUAGUUAAACAAAAUCAAUCCGACGACGAUCUUACGUCGUUAACGUGGCUUCAUCAGCAAAAUCUUCUUAAAGGGUUAGAAAUUUCAAGUCCUACCAAAAGUAUCAAAGAUGAAAAUAUUAAUAAUAACAACAAUAAUAAUAAUAUUAUUAAUAAUAAUAAUAAUAAUAAUAAUAAUAAUAAUAAUAAUAAUGAUAACAAUAAUAACAAUAAUGUAUGUGAGGAUAGUACAGAACUUUCAGAAAAUACAAACUCUACAUCAAGUAUUGAUGAUAAUUAUUUUUCAGGAAAAUUAUGCCAAAGUAAUCAAAACUCUGAUCAGAAUUAUGAAAAAUCCGAGCCAUUCUUUCAGGACACUAGGAAAAAUUCUUACAUUGGAACACAACAAAGUAAUCAAGUCAAGAUAUCAUUGAACAACAAUAAUUUACCAGUUUCAAAUCGCAAUAAACAUCCAACUCACAUACCUUACGAUCCUCAUUUGCAUAAAAAUAGUAAACCGCCGUAUUCAUUUUCUUGCCUUAUCUUCAUGGCAAUUGAAGAUAGUCCAAUGAAGGCAUUACCAGUUAAAGAAGUCUAUGCUUGGAUACUUGAUCAUUUUCCUUACUUUAGAAAUGCACCAACUGGAUGGAAAAAUUCUGUUAGGCAUAAUCUAAGCUUAAACAAGUGUUUUCGUAAAGUGGAAAAAGCACCAAAUUUAGGAAAGGGAUCAUUAUGGAUGGUAGAUGAUCAGUAUCGUCCAAAUUUAAUUCAAGCGUUAUCGCGAGCGCCCUUCCCUCCACCAACUGGACAAAAUAUUUCUUCACCAGACAAAACUAUGAAAAAAAAUACUAGUACACGACUUCCUGAUCCUGUGUUGUUCCCUUAUUUAUCUAAGAGGCUUGCAUCAAGUAAUAUUACUGAUAGUCCAGAACUUGAAUUUGACAGUGACGUUGAUGCUGCUGCGGUUGCUAUGCUUUCUUUUAAACAUGGGCCUAUUAUUCUUAAUCAUAAUAAAGAGCGAAAACGAAAAUCUAAUAUUGAACCCGAAAAAUUGAUACCUGUAAUUACGCGAAGUUCUAGUGAAGAUCAUACAUAUAGCUGUAUAACUUCCUUGAAAUCUGACAGUAAAGCGUCGAAUAGCUUAAUCUUAGACGAUACGGGAACAGACGUUGAUGAACAACGUAAAAUAGCCGAAGGCGCGGAUGCUCUACUCAACCUUGCUGGAGUGGCUUUUGUUAAUAACAACAAUUGCUGUACGCAUAAUUCUCAAGAACUAACUACAAAUACCGUCAGUACAAUUGCAGUGAAUCAUACCAUCCAAUUGCCGUCAGUACAGGUAUCCCCAUCUAAAUCAAAGCGACGCAUCAUCUCGAGCGAUUACUCUAGUCUACCAGACAAACGACGUAAGCGCUGGCGCGAGUGGGGUGAAAGUAAUAGGUACCCUAAACAAAUCCGGGGUUAGUGAUAAGUGUUUGUUCAUGGUUUUUCUCUUUCGGAGAAAAAGAAGAUUUUUUUAAAACGAGAUGGAAUUAAUAAUUAGCUGUACGUCAACUCUACACAGUGGCCAAAGUUAUAUUUUCAAAAAAAAAAAACUAAAGAUUCUAAGAAAAGUAGUUAAUAAAUGGUGAAGGAAUUCAAAAAAUAAUAAUAAAAUUUGAAGUGUUUUUUUCGAUUAUAGUUUAAUAGAGAUUUAUUAUAUUUAUUAUUAUUGGUGCAAAUAAAUCUCUUAACACAUGGUAAGUAUGUUGAAAAAAAGCACUGAAAUACGAGCAAUAAUAGAAAUGAUUAAAUGAUAAUUAUUAGUAAGAGAUAAAUUAUAUAUAUAUAUAUAUAUAUAUAUAUAUAUAUAUAUAUA